GGUCUCGCAGGCCACAAUCUCUCUGAUAAGGUGUUCGGUGGCAUUAACCCCUGUCUGCGCGCAGAGAUAGGACCCGCGGAUUCCCCCGUUCGCCUGUCCAUCGCUCCAUUAGGACCACCCGGUGGCAGGUGGAUCUCAGAUACCCGCGUCAAACAGUGCAGUGUUUGCCGAGGGCAUUGAUUUGCGCACGGUACAUUCUGUUCAAUCAUUYUCGGACUGCGGGGCAGAGAAUACAGACACAAAUAGAAACUAAGUCGCGAACUUUUCCGUUUUGUGUAAACAGUGAGACCAAUGGCUUAGGUGCAACAGGGUCACAUGGUAAUGACACACCUGUCCAGGGCCUAUAGCGGCGCCAGGCGCACGAGCAGCACAGGUAGAGCAGAGCACAAGGUUCCACGCUGCGUAGGCUAUAGGGCGCAGGUACGUGUGCACACACACCCGUUGGAUAGCCCUGGCCCUCGACAGUCAUGAAUCGAGAAGAGCACUACUAUUCUCCCGCGCAGCUGUUCAAGGACUCCUGCGCCUACCAGAGACCACACCGCGAGGACUACAGCCACAGCCCUCCGCCCUGCCUCUACAUGGCCCGGCAGGCUCAGUCUGUCUACUCCUCGCCCUCCAUCGGAGGGCUAGACCAGGCAUGUCUCCCUGACAUUGCUCCGUACAGUAUUCCCAUGCGAGAGGACCCGGGUGUGCCGCAGCUCCACCACCCCCAGGCGCCCCAGCAGACUCUCCAGCCAGGGCCAGGGGGUUACGAAUACCCGGGGGGGUUGGCUCUGUGUGCCGAUAGGAACAAAUAUCACCUGCCUUUCCCCUGGAUGAAAACCACCAAGUCUCACGCGCACACCUGGAAGGGACAGUGGGCAGGCCCCUACAUGGUGGAGGCGGAGGAGAACAAGCGGACAAGGACGGCCUACACGCGAGCCCAGCUCCUGGAGCUGGAGAAGGAGUUCCUGUUCAACAAGUACAUCAGCAGGCCGCGGCGUGUCGAGCUGGCCCUCACCCUCAGCCUCACAGAGAGACACAUCAAGAUCUGGUUCCAGAACCGACGGAUGAAGUGGAAAAAGGAGGAGGACAAGAAGAGAGUGAGGGGGGUCGACCCCGAGCAGGACUCGUCCAUUACGUCAGGAGACUUGAACGAUGAGGCAGGGGUGGGAGUCGGGGGGGCAGGACAUCCCACCACCACGACACCCCCCUCACCCUUACACGCCCAUUCCAUGUCAGGUUCUAGAGACUCGGCCUAGCAGGGCUGAUAUGGAUGGAUGAAAACUGGACAGACACUCAGGAAAGGGGACACUCUGAGGCUGCGUUAAGACAGGCAGCCGAAUUCUGAUAUUUUUCCAGUAAUUGGUCUUUUGAUCAAUCAGCUCAGCUCUGAAAAAGACCUGACGUGAAAAGAUCUGAUGUGAUUGGUCAAAAGACCAAUUAGUGGAAAAAAUAUCAGAAUUCGGCUGCCUGUGUGAUCGCAGCCUCAUUCAAACAGACUCGGUUGGUAUUAUUCAUGUACAUUAUCGGCGGUGACAGAUUGAAGAUGACAGAUUGAAGAUGACAGAUUGAAGAUGACAGAUUGAAGAUGACAGAUUGAAGAGAGGUGAAAGGCGAGGACUGCAGGUUCAUUGUCUGCGAUAUCAUCAUUCUGCGACUGAACUCUAACCUCAUGUUGUCGUGCUGAGGACAUGCGGGUCAUGCACUGAUGAUGAUAGUUGGCAUUGGACAUACGUGUACAGACCCACUGCUCUGGUCCUCAGCCUGUCGUUGCGUUGCCAGAAGAGGGCAGCACCCACUGCCUGGAGAGACAGUUGUGAGACAGACCACACAACUCUGUUGAGAGCUACGUCGGCCAUCUAGCCUACUUUGAUUGCUUUACUCAAAUCAAUGCACUUCAGAUACUUUCUCUGAAAAUGUUGGCAGUGUACAACCAAGUUUAAUUUAUGAAUGUAAAUAUAUGCAGUCUAUGCACGGGACAUGAUUCUGUCAAUAUUGCCAAUACUGAUGCAUUUUCUGAUAAGUUGUUAUAUGACAAAAAUGAGUCAAUCACACCAAUUAUAUAGCCUAUUUAUGUACUUAAUGUUAUCACAUCAUUGAUGUCUUAAUGAUAGGCACUGUGAAUAAUGUACUGUAUUUGUAAUUCUUUAUUAAGCUAUAAAGUUCAAGUUUGAAAUCAGAAUAAAGUAAAAUGAAACAUC